ACUAGACAGAGUGCUCGGAUGCUGAACUGAGGUCAUGUAUUGAAGUUUCGUGGACUGCCUCGGGUUCACGGAGCUGACUCGCAUGGACUCGCACUCUCGCGAUCAAGUCUAUAUAAGAACCCCCCUGCUUGAGUCCCUCAUCUUCCCAGGUGGGCUUCGAAUACACAGCUCCCAUUCCCACGAAGUAUCUUCCGCAUCCGAUUCCCUUCACAUCGGCUCCAGUUGACUUCUCGUCAUGGGCAAACUUAUUCCCAAUGCGUUCAACCUUGCGGUUGUGAUUUACGUUGCUUUGGGUUCAACGGCAUGCAGCUAUGGUAUGGCCAUCAUCGGUUCAACCGUCGGUCAGCCUAGCUUCUACAAGUCUCUCAAGCUCGCACCUCAAGGAGAACCAGGCUACGAUCGCACUUCGCAGUAUAUUGGUGCCUUCAAUGGCGUCAACUCCGCAGGAUCUGCCAUUGGAGCUGCAGCUUGCGCGUACUUUGCUGAUAGACUUGGUCGGAAAGUAACCAUUCAGAUUGCCGCCGCAAUCCUCAUUGUCGGUGCCGCCAUUUGUGCAGGUUCGGUCAACAAUGCCAUGUUUAUGGUCGGUCGUGUCAUAAAUGGUCUUGGUAUUGGCGGCUUGGUGACUACGAUUCCUAUGUAUCAAGCUGAAGUCUCCACACCCGAGAGUCGAGGUUUCAUGGUAUCCAUGCACGGCGUCAUGUUCGCCAUGGGAUAUACUCUCCAAGCAUGGAUUGGCUUCGGCGUGUAUUUUAUCACCGCCAGUGGCUCGCCAUCUUCAUUCCCCUGGCGAUUCCCCAUCGCCUUUCAGAUGGUUCCAGCUGUGCUACUGCUUCUUGGCUCACCUUGGCUACCCUUCAGCCCGCGCUGGCUGAUGAUGCGUGACCGCUUCGACGAAGCUCACGAGGUCAUCAAGCGGUUACACAAGACCAAAGGUGAUCCACAUGACGCUCUCGCUCGCAAAGAGUACUAUCAGAUGAGGAAGCAGGUUGAGCUUGAUCGCCAGAUCAGGGCUACAACCUCCGGCUUCGAGAUCUUCAAGACACCUGCUAAUCGCCGGCGUGCUAUUGUGGCCUUCAUACUUAUGUGGAACAACCAGUUUACCGGCGUGCUUAUUAUUGCAAACUACGGUAUCCUGCUAUAUGUCAGUCUUGGAAUGUCCGGAUAUUGGCCUCUGCUCCUCACUUGUCUCUGGGUCACAUCAACUUUCCCAGGUAACAUCUUCUGUGCGUUUUACGUUGAGAAGUUCGGCCGCAGGAGAUUCAUGCUCAUUGGACUCACCGGUAUACUGGUAUGCCUCAUUUGCGAGAUCAUCUUGCAAGCAGAAUUCCUUGGGACGAGCAACAGAGCAGGUCAGAAUGCAGCAAUCUUUUUCUGCUUCCUCUUUAUUACUCCCUUCUGGUCAACGUUCCUCGACGCCAGCCAAUUCUUAUAUGUCUCCGAGAUAUUUCCUACACACAUACGCAGUCAGGGCAUGGCGGUUGGCAUGUCUGGCCUCUACCUUGCCGAUAUAAUUCUGCUAGUUGCGGGACCGAUCGCACUCGAGCGGAUUGGCUGGAAAUUCUUCCUGGUCUUGAUCAUACCAACUGCUCUCCACAUUUUGUUCGUUUUUUUCUUCUGCCCGGAGACCAAAGGCCGAAGUUUGGAAGACAUCAAUGCUCAGUUCGGCGAACAGGUUGCUGUGCACUGGUAUGGAGCUACAGAGGCGGAGAAAGCCGAACUUGAGCAGGCCGUAAUUCAAGAUGAGGAGAACGAACGUCGUCAUUCCACUUCUGGGGAUAAGUCGAAUACAGUGCAGCAGGAGGAGAUAUCCGGAAAGCAGGCUUAGGAGGCAAGCUUGAUACAAGGAAAGCCUGCUCUGCUGCAGGUUACCUACAGGGGUGGACCGCAUCGGCACCCAACAGCAUGAGGUUGUCAAGGUUGUGGAGAAUGGACCAGGGGGAAAGUGGACAGCGACAUUUAUAUAGGAGGCGGAUGAAUGCAGAUAUCUAGUACCGAGA